CAACCAGGCAUGGCCAACCAAGGUAUAUAUUUUGUACCAUAUCCAUACCCCUUAGUAAUGACUGGUGUACAAUCUGAUAACCCGUCGUCAGAUAAUACAACAACAGAAUCAGACAUAUCAGUAUCAACUAGACGACAUAGAACACUUCCACCGAAGAAUACUACCAAAGUAUUAAAGCUACUAUAUUUAAAAGAAGAAACAGAAAGUAUGGAUAAAACUACAACCGCAAUCAAUAACACAACUGGAACAACAACUAGAAAGACAAAUUCUACAACAAUCAUUACUACAACACCAAAACCGAAAAAAAAGAAAAAGAGAAUAAGACCUCACGAUCAUCACUAUCACUAUGAACACUACCAUGACCAUUAUGAUAGACACCAUAGUCAUAGCCAUAGUCAUGAGCAUGGUAAACACCACGGCCGCCAUAAUAAAAAUAAUACUAAUAUAGAGAAAAAAAGUACAACUUCUCCAGAUAAAGAUAAAAAAUCCGAGACUACAGAUUCCAUUCUUGAGAAAAAAGAUAUAGUUCCGGAAAAUAAAGAUGGAUAUUGGACUCUUGAUAGUAAAGAUAAAAAUGCUACUAGUAAUGUUCCUAAUCAUGAUAAGAGCUAUGAUCCCAUUCAAAAACUUUUAGAUUCGAGUGAUGUAAAACCGAAUAUUGAAAUAACUAAAGAUGUACUCAAAUCACCAAUAGACGCAAGUGCUCUACGAGAUCUUUUAGAAGCUCCCGCCGAUAAAUCUGUGCAUCCUGCCAAACCAGGUGUAAAUGAUAUAAUUUUUAAAGUUCCUGGAAAAGGUAGCACAAAAUACAUACUGACGUCUUUAAGAAGAGUAAAACAAAAUUGGAUGCCAAAAUACGGGAUAGUGCCUAUUCCUGACACCGUUGCUUCAGAUCUGAUGACUCAGCUUCGAAGUAUGAAGGUAUUAAACCCUCAUCAGGAACAAAAAUCUCCUCCUGCUACCAAGCCUACAGUGUUAGAACUUGCUAACAAGCUAUACAGAUAUUAAUGUAUUUGUUUACGAUUCAAGUUACU